AGCGUCCAGGCGUGCAGUACUGCCUCACUGCCCGCCGCGUGAGUUCAUCCUCAUGCACCAACACUACGGUCGCCAGUAUGGCGAAAGGGGGAGCCUCCCGCCCGCUUCCCUGGUAUCAAGGACCGAAAUUAAAUCCAUUUGUAUUUCCAGAGGGCAUUUUUGGUCCCCGAAUUCGAUUCCUGGGUCUUAUUAGAGGCAGCGCGCGCGGCGAAACCCAUCGCGUUGACAUUGACGGCCAAGAAUACGACCUGACAGUGUUCAAAUUUUAUCGAUGGUCAGAUCUCGUUGAGUCGACGUACUUUGAACAAUGCCCCGACCAGACCAUCAAAGACGUCAUAGCACAAUCUGAUCCGUUCCAUUGCGAGUGCCGCGCGUACGGACGGCUUAAGGAGACCAACUCUGAACAUCUAGCCAUCAAGUGCUACGGUUACAUCAUCUUGAAUGAUGACGAGGAGGCCCAACUUUUAAAGGCGUCGUCCUCGGACUGGGCGAGACCAAUGGGGCAGAAGAGCCAAGGGAUUCGAGCUGUCGCCAAAGAGUGCCUCCCAUACAACGCAGAUUUGGAAUAUCAUAUGCUACCUCAGAUAAGACGCGAUAUGUUAGACAUGCACAAGAUUGGCAUAUGCGUCUACAAUCUCAGCAAAGAGAGCUAUAUUCAAGGCAAAGUGGCCGACUUGUCCGAAGCCAUGGUUGUACCGCAUCGGGAUCUCGAUUUAUCCAGCAAUGGCCUGACAGCAAAGCGGAAUUGCCAACGUGAUUUUAUUAAUAUGGAUGCCAUAGUGGAUGAAUGGAAUACCAGGCAUCCAAAAGAUACGUACAAUGGUUUCUUUACACCAGCUCCGCACCAGCAAGGGCGAAACGUGCAGUGGCUUGCCAAUCGCCUCUUCAGCGGUAGUAGCAAGCAUGUCACCGCUGCAGAAUAUGACUGGAAACAAGCAGCCAAUGCAAGAAGAACAUUGGCAAUUGCGCUCCAGAGGGACGGUGAUGGUUCAAGGAAGCGGCCUCGAGGGUCAUGAUGAUUAGCGUCGUUGUCGAUUACAAGUCUUGUUUUUCAGGUUGGGCGUGCGAUUGCCGCGAUUUCCUAGAUGCCGACUUCCUAGCGGCGGAUGCUACUUUCCAAUCAUAUCUCGGUGGCAUUAGAUAUUUGUCGGGCACAGUCAUGAAUGGUGUUGUAGUGGCUCGCGUGCUCAGCCGUAGUCUGCUUAUAUAUUUCAUUCGCGGCAAGAAGAAUCGGAGAUAUGCCUGGCGCGGGUGCGCCUCAUUCCAUGACACUAAAAUCCCAUCAAUUGCAGUGAAGUCUCGCCAGUAUGCUUCGUGCGUUGAACUUGUCUGAUCAACGAGGUCCAAAUAUCGAUGGGGAGUGACAUGUGCUUGGCUAAAGUCGACAAUCUUGCUCUCCAUAGAGUUAUCUUCCCGCAGGUCGAAUACACAGAUUCCAAUUCGAUGGGGACUGAGAAGAUCACGUCGCAUCUGAGGUAGUUUACUUCGCUCGAAAUGGGUCGACCCUUCCACGUACUUUUUGACAAUACCCCGGAUGCCCAUUCGCUGGUGCUCUGGUCGAUGUCGCGUCCAUGGGAAUGAGCUGAGCUGCCUGACUUGUUCCUCCUCCUCUGCAGUAAGGAUAACGUAUCCAUAGCACUUUAUUGCUAAUUCUUCGUUGCCGGUCUCUUGUAACCUACCAAAUGCUCGGCAUUCACAGUUGAACGGAUCAGAUUGGCCCAUGACACCUUUGAUGGUGACUCCGUCGUAUUGCAGUGGCUCGGGUGGUGUCAGCAUCCGCCAAUAAUAAAAUUUAAACUAUGAAUUGAAUUUUAGCAUAAAAAAUAUUUCAAUUGGUUAUAGGGAUCACCAACAAGCUUUAGAGCAUACAUGGUUCCAUUCAUCUCGACCUUGUGUACCUCGCCAUGAAGACCGCUCCCGAGUCGCCCCAAGAAACGAAUCCUCGGCUCAUUAUUCCUUUCCAAAAAUUCAAAUGGUUUUUACUUUGGUCAAGAAUAUAAGGGCAAUGGGCGCUUCGAGGUCAUCUCUGUCUCGCUGACUCUGUGCUGGAGCUCGUGUCAAUGUUGUUGAUUGGAUGUGGUUUCAAGCGCCGUGAGUUUCAGUAACGCU